AUGAGUUCAGAGCUGAGAAAAGUGAUUGUGAAGAGGCGUUAUUCUCGUGCUGGGUGCAUCGAGUGUAAACGACGCAAAAUCAAGUGUGACGAAGUGCACCCCACAUGUGGAAAUUGCCAGAGAGUCAAGUUUCCAUGCGUUUACCCUACUCCAAAUCACGGAAACAAACCCCGCCGUGCAAGAGACAUUAAGAAAGAUCCACUACCGACAGUUCCGCUGGAGCAAGAGCCAUUGCAUCACAAUCAUACAAACCAGCCGCCUGACCUUAACCUACUACAUCCGCAUGAAUUGGAUCCGAAUGUAUCUCUCCAUGCUAAUACAGGUGGUAUGCCUACACCUGCCCCAUCAUUAUCUGCUAAUUCAGCUUUAAGCCAUACCAAUGAUGGCCGAAAUGGUUACAAAGGGCUCAGUGUAUCGCAAGGCGGACACCCAUCAAAUCCAUACUCGGGAGGAUUAUCUCCUCUACCCCAGAUCAACACGACCAAUAACAACCUCAAUACUACGCAUUUGGUAGAGUCUCCUUUGCCUCCAAUGAUUAGAUUGCCAGAUGUCGUCCAAGAUGAUGCUCAAUUGGAUAUGCUUCUCUUCGAAAACGUCCUCGAUGAUGCAAAUACCUUAGUGCAUGGCUUGGCAUCUUUUGACGUGUUAGGUGGCGAUAGUCUUCUGCAAUUCUCAGCCCAGAGUACUCCCGAUGGAUCUCAUUUGAAGCCGUUCCACUCCGACAUAAUUCUUAACGAAUCGUCUAACGAGAAUCACUUCUUCAACGAAGCAGAACUUCAGGACUAUCUUCGUUAUGGUACUGAUGUUGAUCGAGACCCCGAUGGACGUAAAUUCUGGGGCUCAAUAAAUGGCCAAAUGCGCGAGCCUUUGUUUCACGAACAGAAUAAAGACCCAACCAAUGAGGAACUUGUCGAACGUGUGAAUGAAACGUAUAAGCUUUCCUCUGAUGAGUUAGAAUACUUCAGGGCUGUUUCUUGUAAGGAGCUUUUCUUGUUCAUAUACCCAUUUGCUCCUACCACCAAAGAUAACGAGAUCAUGCACGUUCUCCUUGAAUAUCUGUUAAUGUUCAAAUACUUGGUUUAUGCCUUGAUAGCAUUGGGUGCUUCAUGUCUUUUCACGAUCACAAAGAAUCCAAAGCAUGAUAGAAACCAGAAGAGGUCAACUGCAAUUUGCAUGAAGCUUUUGGUCCAAGCUUUCACAGAUUUAAAAAAUAACGAAGAUUCACUUCGACAUAUCGAGGGCCUCAUAUUAACUGUUCUUAUACUUACCACCCUUUUCAUCGACGACCCACACUUAGAAGGACAUGAUGGCUUCGUUCACCAGCAUAUAUUACGAAAGCUUGGUGUCCUCAUACCUGCUUCAACAACUCAUUCCGGCUUUAAUCUUUUUCUGACUCUCACCAGUGAAUGUUCACUGUGCUUGUUCAAGCUUCUAGAUGUUAUUGCGGGAAUGAAUGAGAGUGGGCUGAAACAGGCAAGUCCUGAAGAGGUUUGUGAGGUCCUUGCGCUGCUUCAACGUGUCUCACGACAGCAAAUAAUACCAAAUUUGACACCAGAAGACCAAUUCCUCAUUCCUCGCGAUCAUCCUGCUCAUCCUGAUUUCGACGACUUAUCACGAAAGAUAUUCUUGCCCAGCAGUGCAUACGCUAAGGACACAGAUGAUCCCAGCCACAUAAAAUACUAUUCCUAUUGUGACGUGACCCAGAGAUCUCACUUUUUGGUAUUGAACCUUAGGGUUUUCACAUCACCUGGACUUUUGCACUUACCGAGAAAACAUCCAAUGAUCAAACGGCUUGUGGAGCAGACUUUGAAGCUUAUGUUCUUCUUAAAGCUUAAAUCGGAUCCUUGCUACGACCAGAACUUGGUGGUUGCGGAGCUGGAAAAUUAUUGGCUCUCGAAAUCGCUCUUUGAUUUCAGAGCUAUCAUGAUUCAGCUCCCAUUCCGAGCCACUGUUGACCUUACAGAUAAUGAGGAUGAUUUUGAGAAGCUAGAUCUAUUCUUCAGAGGGUUAGUGAAAUUCGGCGGGGGAAGUGGCAUCGAAGCGGUCGCCAGGGCAAGAAAAAACAGAGAAGCUGCCAGAAUGAGAAAAGAAAACGAGAAAACAAAUGGCAGUAAAGACGAUAUGGAGUACCUGACCGUGUUAUUCCCAAUCUACUAG